UGCACGCGCGCUUCCGCUCAGGUCGAGGAUCUCACCUCGAAGAUCGCAUCCGUACUGGCGAAAGCCCGCAUUGAGGGACGGCUGCUGAGGCUGACCAAUACCAAGAACGCACACUUGCGUGAUGAAGACCGGGUGGGAGAUGCGCUGCGGGACGGUGAGGACGUGUUGGCCGUACUUACCCAACAGCUGGAAGAUCCGGCUGCGAGGAGGGACGGCGUUGGCGCUCCAGUUGGUGUCACAGCCACUGCGGGCUCGGGCUCGUUUGCCAAAGUCCCGCGGUACGCCAUGCAAGAGGCAGAGGCGGCGGCUCUGGGUGCUGUGCCCAAAGAAGUCGUUGGACCGACAGCGCCUGUUAGCGUCAUGUCUGGUGUGGCUGCUCCGGCCGAGUUCUUGCCAGGCCCAGUUGAAGCUUUCGAGGAAGACUGGAAAGUUCCUGCGAGCCGCACCGGGGUCAGCCAGGAGGCAUCGCCAAAACGGCCCCGCUGCGACUGGGAGGUGGAGCAGCUCACCCACAAGUUGCGGGAAUACGUUGUGGCACGCUUCAGGGAGAUGCACGAGAUGCCAGCCGACCCUGGUUCGAGCUAUAUCAUCGUGUCUCUCCGACCCCGUGAGCAACCCGGCUCGGUAGUGUCGCCACUCCCCCUCCACUACAGUGUGGCACGGGUGGACAUCAUCGAGUUUGAGCGCCUUGCCCGGCGCAAGGUCCAGGAAUGCCGGAUGAGACUGGAUUUCUUCAGGCGAUGCUUGGAGGCUCUCAACUCUCUACUAGAUCGAGGAGCUGGUCGCGAGGCAUAUGUCCCAAACAUGCUCCCAUACAGCUACAGGCAGGAUGAGGAGUUCGGAAGCCUGCUGGAAGAAGUGGAUGAGGGCACCUUCGGCCAGGCUGAAGGCUUUCGGCCGGUGAUCGUGCUGGACACAUCCGGGCCGCUCGGCCAGCACCUCGUCUUCGUGAAGGCUGCCAUCAAGCGGCUGAUGUACUCCUUCAUCGUGGCGAAAAGCAGGUUCAACAUCAUUACCUUCAAUUCGUCAGGAAAGGCUGUGAGCUGGGAGGACCAUCUCGUGCCACCCGUUGCUCAGAAGUUGAAAGAGGCAGAAAGCUUCAUCGACAUUGCACAGCCAUGUUUCCAAACGGACCUUUUGGAGGCAAUGAGAUGGGCAGUACAGAGCUGUGACGCCGAUAUGGUGUACUUGCUCACGUCCGGCUUCUGCAAAAAAACCGACGUCGAGUAUUGCCGAGCAGAUAUCCGUUCCAGAAAUCUUCGUCAACUGCCCAUCCACGUCAUUGGCGUCCAGUGUGAGGUGCGGGCGGAGGUCGAUCUUCGGCGGCUGGCCGAAGAGAACAGGGGCUCAUUCCGUCACAAGAGCUUUCGCUCCAAAACGUCGAUCUCAAAAUGCUUUGCGCAGCUGCUCAGCUCCAGGCGCACCUCGGCUCCAAAGAAGGCUCUUGGCAAAGCAGCCCAGUGCCUUUCAGUCGGUGGACAAAUCGACAUCCUGGAAGUGCUUGUGAAGGAGCAGGAAGUCCAGAUAACAGAUUGGCUGGAAGAGCAGAAGUGCUCGAACCGGAUCCUGUUGAGUACUACAUCGCAGCUUCCUGUACCCGAUGCUCGGCAAGCCCGCUUUGCAGCGGGCCAGCUGGUCGUCAAUCAGCUCUGUCGUUCUGCGCCGCCGCCCCUUCGAGAGCUGCUCCAAGGGCGAAGGCCACGGUCACGGACGUGUUAUGGUUGCUCUCCACGAACCGAGAAGUGGGCUUCGGACGAUGGUGCUCGUCGUCCAGCUGUUCAAAAUCCAUGGGACCGACCAAGUGGAGUGGUGAAGGUCUCCGAGGUGGCAUCCUGCGAAAAGGGCAUUCACCCUGCCCGAGCCGCUCUGUAUAGGAAUCCCGGCCCAGGCUAUGAGUUUGCUCGAUAA